CCCCUCCCGCGAUGCCGCCGGGCCGUGUCCCCCCGGCCCCGAGCAGCCGCUGCUCAGGGAGAACAAAAGGCAGGAGCGGGGAGGAGGUGCGGGGAGGAGGGCAGGCAGCCACGGGGGGGGGGGAAUAAAAGGCUCAGCGGGGACCCCCACCCCCCCCACUCCGCUUCAUGUCCGAGCCCUCUCCGCCGCCCCGGUAAUGGCCCGUCCGCCGCUGCCCGCCGCCGCCGCGUUGUUGGCCGCCGCUCUGCUGCACUGCGUGCCCGCCGCCCCCGCCCGCCGCCACAAGCCGGACGUGUCCCGAAAGCAUCACACCUGGAAGGAGCAGAGUCAUUGGCUGUCGUCCUUGAUGAAGGCCGCGGGGACCGGUGGGCCAGCCAAGGGCUUGCCGGUGGGUGCGGAGGAGCGGGCGGCACGCUGGAACCCGCCGCGCUGCGGUGUGCCGGACCUGCCGGUGCUGCCGGACGGCCAGAACGGGCGGAACCGGCAGAAGCGGUUCGUCCUCUCCGGUGGGCGCUGGGACAAGACCGACCUCACCUACAAAAUUAUCAGGUUCCCAUGGCAACUUGUAAAAGCUAAAGUGAGAAGGACCAUCGAGGAGGCUCUGAAAGUCUGGAGUGAGGUGACCCCGCUGACCUUCACCGAGGUGCAGGAGGGACGUGCUGACAUCGUCAUUGACUUCACAAGGUACUGGCACGGAGACAACCUGCCUUUUGACGGGCCCGGAGGGAUCCUGGCCCACGCCUUCUUCCCCAAGACACACCGGGAAGGAGAUGUCCACUUUGACUAUGACGAGACCUGGACGAUUGGGAACAGCCUGGGCACUGACCUCCUGCAGGUGGCUGCUCACGAGUUUGGCCAUGUGCUGGGCCUGCAGCACACAGCUGCCUCCAAGUCCCUGAUGUCUCCUUUCUACAUCUUCCGCUACCCGCUGAGCCUGAGCGAGGAUGACAAGCAGGGCAUCCAGUACCUCUACGGCAAACCCAGCCCGGACCCCAGCCCAACCCCAACUCAGCCAGCACAGCUGCCGCAGCCAGGCCUUGAAACGAAUGAGAUCACCAGCGCGGAGCCCCACGCCUGCGGCGCAGCGUUCGAGGCGGCGGCCACCAUCCGCGGGGAGCUCUUCCUCUUCAAGUCUCGCUACGUGUGGCGGCUGCGGGCCGGCAAGCUGCAGGACGGCUACCCAGCGCUGGCCUCCCGCCACUGGCAGGGGAUCCCCAGCUCUGUCGAUGCCACCUUCGAGGACCCUCUGGGCAAUAUCUGGUUUUUCCAAGGUUCUCAGUACUGGAUUUACGACGGCGAGAGACGAGUAUCUGGUCCCGCCCCGAUCAUGGAGCUGGGCCUCCCUGCAUCCCCUGUGCAGGCAGCUCUGGUGUGGGGGGCUGAGAAGAACAAGAUCUACAUCUUCAGUGGAGGCAACUACUGGCGCUUCAACCCUCACACGCGCCAGGUGGACAACAUCUACCCGCGGGCCAUGGCUGACUGGCGCGGCGUGCCCCAGGAGAUCGACGCGGCUUUUCAGGACGAGUUUGGUUUUGCCUAUUUCCUGAGGGGCCAAGAUUACUGGAAGUUUGAUCCGGUCCAGGUGAAAGUGCUGGAGGGCUUCCCACGCCAGAUCAGCCAGGACUUCUUCAGCUGCACACCUUCCUCCAACUCCUUCAGAUGAAGGGGGUGCCUGUGUCCUCCAUGCUCCUCUUUCAUCACCCUCACCUCCAGUAGCCAUACAGAGGCUUCUCUCUGCCAUUCCUGGCUCCCAUCCAGGCUCACCAUCUGACACAACACGUGUCUGUCACAACAAGUGACAAAGUUUGCUCCACUCAAGUUCCAGCAGCCCCGCUUCAGUUGCUAUCAAUGUAAAAGCAUCUGCCAUGUUCUUUGCAGGCAAGAGCAGCCACUUAAAACUUUCAUGAGGCAACGCUCUUCCAGCAAUAGCAUCCCAAAAGCCAUCAGUCCAGCCUGGAACGGGAUCGCUCUCCUGACUAACCUGGACCCCAUCCUGUAGGACUCAUCUGACAGCAUGUUUACAUAACUGACACCAGCAGCCCUUCGCUGCUCCAGCCCCUGGCCUGGGAGGAGGGCUCCCAGUGAGACACCUUCCCCAGCUUUAGCCAGGGCCUUUGAAGGACGCUGACAGCAGCCGUGGGGCAGUGCAGCCGUGCGGCUGCUGCCAGGGUCGCGCCACCGGCGCUGCCCCGCUGGCGGCCGGGCCCCUGCGGCUGCCCUGGUGCCGCUCCGAUGCUCUGCCACUGGCAUGCGCUGGGAUCUUGCACCUGUCUGUGCACGGCCUCCUUCCCGCCGCGGCGCUGGGUGCCAGUGCUGGACACUGCCCCGUCGCUCCCUGUGCUCGGACCGAGUUCGGGUCCCCACCCUGGGUUGCUCACCACUGCACCGGCCGGUCCCGUCCCGCCGUUCAGCGGCUGACACGGGGCAGCCCCGCUCCAGCUCUUUGCACACCCCUCGGUGCUACAUCGCCCACUGCCAAAGAACCCGAAGGGGCUGCGGCCGGUUCCUUCUCUUUACACUUUUCAACUUGCCCGUGGCCCUCGCCAGCCCCGGGUGAAGGGCUGCGCACGGCACAGCGGGCCGGGUGCCCGGUGCCCCAGCCCCGGGGAGUGCGGUGCCAGCCUCCGCCGAGCGCCGCGGUCGGUGCGUGCGGCGCAUCGGUGCCGGUGUGCGAGCGCUGCCUGUGUAUUUAUGUCCGCCAAUAAAGUGCCUGUUUCCUAAGCGA